UCACGGCACCCAUCCGUUGAUUUGGCGCUGUCUCCGAGGCUUCGGGGCGAGAGCGUGAGCCAUGGGCUCUGUCGGUUAGGUGCAGAAGGAGAAACGGAAGAAGAGCAGGGGGAGGAGAGUGCUCAGCGCCGUGGCGACCGACGCUAUGGAAACUAAACCCCUCUGACCGGUGGAAAUAAUGAUGGUUAGCGUCUAUCAGAUCAUUGAAGGACAUGUUGAGGGUCUUUUCAGCGCUCAGCCCUCUCCUGAUCUUGAGGCGGUGCUGGUGACACGGAUAUGGGACGCUGCUCCGGGGCUUUCAGGACCGCCAAAAAGAACGAGGGUUCGGUCGUCUCACCGGGGCGACGUGAGCACGUAGCAGAACAUCAGGUUGUGGGCUCUUGUGAGAAGCUCAGAGUUGUGUUGUUUCUCUGAGGAGUCUGAUGUUAGUGUGAAGAACAGAAGUGAGAUGAAACUCUCAUCCAGCGGAGGACCUCGCGGUACAUCAGUGCCACCACCAAACCAACAUGAUAGAGAGGAACUACGCAGAAGUUUCCUCCCAUGAUGUCGUACGAGCUUUACUGAGACCUGUACAGGACAGUAUGAUACUGCACAGAAACGGUUUUGAGUUUCAGAUCCCCAUGAAGACGAGAAGAGGACUAUCAUUUAUUUGCUGAGGGUUUUGAGUCGACACAUUUGAUGAAAGGUGAGCGUGAAGCCCUCAGUAAACGCUGUUCUGUCCCAUCACUUUCAUCUGAAUGAGGUCGUAUUUCAUAUUUACUGGAGGAUUGAAGAUGAUGAGGCUGGUCACAAAAUCCAGCAGAGACAACAGAUCUUUCCACCUUUAAAUGACUUUCAUCUGAAAUAAAGCUCGUCAGCGUUUGUCUGAUGAUGUCAUCACACAGACUAAAAGACGGCCGAUCGGGAAAAGAACUCUGAGAAAGAACGCAGAUGUUCUGAGCCUCGGCCGUGGAGCGACAUGGAUUCGGACAGCUGCAGUCCAAACCUGAAGCCAAAAGUCAGCAGCUUCAGCGAGACGUCUCUCAAAGACAGACAGGCUCAGAGUCUUGUAGUAGCUGAGGUUCACUUUCUCACCAGACCCGGACCCAACACAGUCCACGGCCCCCCCGACAGACCCUGCCGUCAGCGCCAGUAACCGUCUACACCGUGAGCCUUCAGAUAGCUCCCCUGGAAUCUCACCUGGACUUCAUGAAGACACACACACAGGACAGCGUUCAGUCACAUGAUGUUGCUCCGUUUCCUCCUCCUGUCGGUGUGAAUGUUUCUGUCAUACAGCAGAUCAGUCGGGUCAGUAUCCAGGUUGUGUAGAGCAGAAUCAUACAGAAGUCCUCUUAACCAGCCCAUCCGACAGACAGAUUUUUUACCUCUUGACGAUACUGGAGAACAAACUUCUUCACGAUGGAAGUUGACACGAUGUGACGCUGUUGACGCGUUGCUAUGGUGAAUCGCACUUCCGGUGAAUGAUCAUCAUGGAUGGUUAUGAUCUGAUCCGUCAGAUCGGACAGGGUGCGUUUGGACGCGCGCUGCUGGUCAGACCUAAAGACGCAGAUCCCGCGCUUUACUACGUCAUCAAAGAGAUCAACCUGAGACAGAUGUCCACGCGGGAUCAGGACGCCUCCAGAAAGGAAGUGAUUGUGUUAUCUAAGAUGAGGCAUCCAAACAUUGUUAGAUUUUAUAAAUCAUUUUAUGAUAGGAAUCACCUUUACAUAUUGAUGGAAUAUUGUGAUGCUGGUGAUCUCAUGAACACAAUCAAAAUGCAAAGAGGACGAGCGUUCACAGAGCAACAGAUCAUAGACUGGUUUGUUCAGAUCUGUCUGGGCCUGAAGCACAUUCAUGACAGGAAAGUUCUUCACAGAGACAUCAAAACACAGAACAUCUUUCUGACUGAUGGAGGACUGAAGGUCAAACUGGGAGACUUUGGUAUUGCGAGAAUGUUGAACAGCACAAUGGAGCUGGCGAGAACUUGUGUUGGGACUCCAUAUUACCUGUCUCCAGAGAUCUGUGAAAACCGGCCCUACAACAACAAAACGGACAUCUGGUCUCUGGGAUGUGUACUUUAUGAACUCUGUACACUUAGACAUCCAUUUGAAGGCAGUAAUUUAAGACAGUUGGUUUGGAGGAUCUGUCGGGGACGCUACGCUCCCGUCUCUGAGCGCUAUAGCACUGAACUACGACUUCUACUAAACCAUCUGUUUAAGAUCAAUCCUCGUGACCGUCCAUCAGUUAACUCGCUCCUCAAACAGCCGUUAUUACAGCUGCACAUCAGAAAACACCUGGAGACACAGGAGGAGUUCAGGGACGAUGUUUUACACAAACCAGCAGCUCAACCUAAAGCCUCAAAAUAUAAAGAUGAGAUGAGUGAAGCUGACGCUGUCCAAAAUCCUCCAGAUCAGAAACAUUCACCUGCACAACAAUACGACGCUCAUAAUCACAAAAUAAACCUUCAUUGUCCUGCAGCGGUUGAAAGUCCGGCUGCAAUUGGUGCCGCACACAGAUGUGACGGUCCGCUCCGACCAUAUAAGCAUCACUGCGCUCGUCUGAACCCGCUGCAGGCUCAAGCACACAUCCAUCAUCUCGCUGAUCCACAGAAACCGCUGGACAACGCUCGAGUCGACGCUCUGCAGCCCUAUCAGCUCGUGGCAGCGGCGAGAGAUGAGUUCCUGCAGAGGAGACGAGAAGCUCAUCAGUAUAAACUCAGAGCACAAAAACAGCUGGGUCUCAGACCGUCUACAGCAGACGAUGAGAGGAACGCCAGGUCUGAACCACAGGAACAUCAUGAGAGGAAAACACCUCACAACCCAAAACUACAGGUUGAAGAGGAAUAUCUGAAACAGUUACAGCGAAUCAGAGAGCAGUAUCAUGAUGACAUCAGAGAGCUACACACGAGAUCAGACACUGAGGAGAUUUCCAAGGCCAAAUCAGACCUGAAACAGCCUCACAGGACUAAACAACAGAAAGGAAUCAUGUUUGAGAUUAAACUAACUGAUGAAAAGACACAGAUGAGAUCAGAACAAGACUUUAGUUCUGCUGAGGAGGAUCCACUGAAUAAAACACUGAAUAUCUGCACGAGAAAAGAUUCAGAGAUGAAACCUGAAGCUGAAGAGAUGAAGAGAGCUGAGUGGUGCCGAGACGCACCCGAGACUUUACUGAGCGCUCUUCAAUGUAUGGAGGUGAUGUCACACAACUCCAGCGUAUCUGAUAGUCACACGGUUUUAGGAGAUCAUGAGAGGAAACACUGGACUAAAGGUCCUCCUGAAACUCUACUGAACGCUCUGGCUGAAGCUCAGCUCAUCUCCUCCAGCACAGGGACACUGAAGAUGCUGGAUGAGGAAGAGGGGCGUGAAGAUGAAGAUGGAUCUGACGUCGAGCCGGAUGAUAACCGUCUGGAGCCUCGGUCAGAUGAUGAGGAUACGAACUUUGAGGAUUCGGAGGACGAGCUGAGACAGCAGGUGUCAGACUCCAUGAGGAAUCUCCUCAGCACACAUGACAUGGAGAAGGAGGAACAUCAGGAGGUGUUUGAGGAGAACAGGAAUCUGGCGGCUGGAGAGACCGGACGCGUCUGAGAACCGCUACAAUGAUGUGUGGGUCGCUGUGUGACACUUCCUUCCUCUCAUAUUUGAAUAGACAGACACAGCAGAACCUCUCAACAUUGAGAAGCAUCCUGAAGUCCAUCGUCUGCAG